AAUAUUUGGAAAUGAGGCACCUGCGAGGAUAAAAGGAGACUGAUCAUGUGACUGUACAAAAUGGCCGCGUUCAGUAGCACAUGAACCCUGCACCUGAGCUGUGGUAAUAUUCUCUUCGAAGUUAGACCAGUGUUUUAGCAUUGUAAAGAUUUUGAAUAUACCUUCUACGAAAUAAAAAGAUGACAGCCUUAAAUGGCAUAAAAGUUAUUGAACUUGCUGGUCUGGCACCAGGCCCCUUCUGUGGAAUGAUACUAGCAGACUUUGGAGCUAAAGUAAUCAGAGUGGACAGGAUCAAAGCUCCACAAGAUGCAAGUCAACUUGGGAGGGGCAAACUUUCCAUUGCUGUUAACUUGAAGAAGACUGAAGGAGUUGCAGUAGUGAGGAAACUUUGUAAAUCAGCAGAUGUAUUGAUUGAGCCAUUUAGAGCAGGUGUUAUGGAAAAACUAGGCCUAGGCCCUAAAAUAUUGUUAGCAGAUAAUCCAAGCCUUGUGUAUGCUAGAUUGACUGGGUUUGGGCAGAGUGGACCUUAUGCCCAAAUGGCAGGACAUGACAUCAAUUACUUAGCAGUAGCAGGUGUCCUCUCUACCCUUGGAAGAAAAGACCAGAAUCCCACACCACCUGUCAACAUACUUGCAGACAUGGCAGGGGGUGGCAUGACCUGUGCCCUGGGGAUCACAAUGGCACUACUGGAGAGGAACAAGUCUGGGCUGGGACAAGUCAUUGAUUCCAAUAUGGUGGAAGGCUCAGCAUAUCUUAGUUCUUUCUUAUGGAAGACACAAGAUAACCAAUGGAUUUGGAAUAAACCAAGAGGAGGAAAUGUUUUGGACUCCGGUGCACAUUUUUAUGAUACAUAUAAAACCAAAGAUGGACUGUACAUGGCUGUUGGUGCAAUAGAGCCUCAAUUUUAUUCCAAGUUUAUUGAAGGACUAGGAUUGAGUUCAGAUUCCAAUGAACAAUAUUCAGAUUGGGAUGAAAUGAAAGAAAAAAUUGCCAAAAUUUUUGCAACAAAAACCCGUGAUGAGUGGUGUCAGAUAUUUGAUGGCACUGAUGCUUGUGUCACCCCAGUGCUUGGUCUUGAGGAAGCUGCAUCCAAUCCACAUAAUAAGUCCAAACAGACAUUUUUAUCUAGCCCCAAUGGAAAAUCUGAGCCCAUCCCAGCACCAAGAUUGUCCCGGACACCAGGAAUGCCCUCCUCCACUUCUCAGCCUCAUAUUGGUGAACACACUAGACAAGUACUCUAUGAUGCUGGUUACAGUGAAAAAGAGGUCGAUCAGCUGGAGAAUAGUGAGGCUGUUGAAUGCCAUAAACACCAAUCAAAACUCUAGACAAUUUUUUAUUCGUGCCUAAAAAGCAUUGCUUGAUUGGUGUUCACUUUUCAUGUGCAUUCCUGUCUUUUAAAAUGUGAUCAUGUUAUAUGAUAUUAUAACAACUUGUGCAUAUUCAAACUUUCCAUUAUUCAGGUAACAGGACAGUUAACUGCCAAAACAGCAGUGCCUUUGCCAGUCACUUGUUUUUUUACUAAAAAUGCAUGUAGAAUAUUAUCAGCAGUUCAAAUCAUAAUUGAAGUGCUUCACUGAAAAUUUGUUCUUGCAUUCUUAGAAAUUAUUCAUGCAUUUUUGAUAGUGCCAACAAAUGCAUUUUUAAGUAAAUGUCAAGUAUUUUUUGAUAAUUCCAACUUUAGAAUUUUGCACAACUUUUAAUCUUUAUAAUCUUUAUAUGCCUUUUCUGUAAAU